AUGCUGGAGAGCCUGACCUACCAGGAGCUGAGACCCUUUUCUGGGCGGGAAGAACCAGGCCCUGGAGAAGAGCCCUUUGAGGGCUGGCUGGACCAUGCCUAUGACAUGCUCUACCUGUGGCGCCACGUGCCAGAGAGGGAGAGGAGGAGAAGGCUGGUCGAGUGUUUGAGUGGCCCAGCCCUGGAUAUCCUGUGUGGCCUCCUGGCAGAAGACCCCAGCCUCACUGCACAGGACUGCCUGGUUGCACUGAUGCAGGUGUUUGGGGCCCAGGAUGCGCUCAUGACUGCACAGUUUAAAUUCCUCACCUGCACCCAGCAGCCCGGGGAGAGCCUGUUUGCCUAUGUGAUGCGCCAGGAAGGCCUGCUGCAGGCGGCCACGGAGAAGGGGGCAGUGCACCCGGCCAUGGCAGACCAGGUGCGUGCCCGGCAGUUGCUAAUGCGGGCUCACCUGAGUCCCAUGCUUUACAACAGGCUGAGGAGGAUGCGCAUGGAGGGGCGGCCUCCAGGCCUCCUGGGGCUGCUGCAGCUCAUUCAGGAGACGGAGGCGUUGGAGGCUGCCCAGGCCAGGCAGGUGCUGUCCCACAUGGAGGAAGGGGCUGAUAGAGGUGGUGGUGCCCUGGCUGCUGCACAGGCUGCCCCAGUUGAUGAAGAUGUCACCCAGGCUGCUCCAGCCGCUGAAGAGGCCAGUGAGGCUGUUCACGACGCUGAAGACACCGCUGAGGCUGCUGCAGGAACCAGUGCUGCUGCAGAGGGCAUCCCAGUCACCCAGGAAGUUGAAAGUGCUCCCACCCCAGCUCAGGUGGGUGGUGCUUCUGGGGCACACCCAGAAGAUGCAGGCUGUGGGCCCUCGGGCCUUGCCUAA